UUAUAAAAAUGUAGUGUGAGUUAUUGAUAAUUUUCUAAGUAUAUCUGCAUGAAUGUGAGAUUUCAUCUUUGUUAGUUAUAUCUAGCCCAGGCAUCAUAAAAAUGAAUUUGUAAAUAUUGUUAGAAACAUUUUUAUUUAAAAUGGAUGAAUUUGAGGAAGGGCAGUUGAGUAGUGAUGUGCAAAACUCAAGUAAAGAUGAUUUAGAAGAUGAUAUUGAAAAUAGGACUAAAACUGAUACAACUUAUUCGCCACCGAGCACGGAUUGUGUUCUGUGUGGUAAUUAUACAUGCAUUUGCGAUAAGAACGAUGAUGCUAAAUCCAAGCAAAAUGAAACGGAAGAAGGCGAAAUUGUGGAGAGCGACAAUUGUUCAGUUAAAUUAAAAGAAAAUAGUGCAAUAAAACCAUUAUUAAAUAAGAAACAGGCUAAAAAACGCCUACAAGCAUUUUCAUCUGAACAAAAAUCAGUAAAACGUAAAAAGAAUUUACCAGUUGCAAAGGCUCCAAAGGUUGUCGUCGAAAUUGAAACACAGUAUGAUGAAAAUGGCGAAGUCACCGAAGAUAAAUUAGUUAUUCGGAAAGUUCCAAAAAUAGGGCCAAAUUCUCAAGAAAAAGCUAAGUCUGUGAUAUCCGAAAUUGAAGAAAUGAAGCGGCGUUCAAAUAUUAUUUACAAUCCAAAAAAACAAUAUCCUAGAUCAUCAGUAGUUUGGCCAAAUUUUCAUGACAAAGCCAAGACUGUGAUACCCGAAAAUGAAGAAAUGAAACGACGUUCAAAUUACAAUUCAGAAAAACAAUAUCCAAAAUCCGUAGUUUCGACAAUUUUUAAAAGACAGACCGAUUCAUUUGAAAAUAAACGUAAAUAUUCAAAACAUUUCGAAGAAUCUGAAAGAAGAUCUAGAAAACGUAGAUCUCGUUCACGCGAACAUGCGCGUGAAUCUCGUCACGACAGUGAUCGUAAUAGUAGCCGAAAUGAACGAUAUAAAUCAAAUCAUUCUUCGAAUACAUGGUCAGGUCCUGCAAGAACCUGGUCUGAAUUUAAAGCGCUAGGUUGUCCAGAAUCCAGUACGAGAGGACCGUUUCUAAGCUCUAAUCAUAUGUUGUUUAAUAUGCGUUGUCAAUUAAAGUGUUUUGAAGAGGAACCUACUUUAAUAAGAGGAGCUUUUUUCGUGGCAGUCAGAAUUGAUGAAGGGGUUGAUUCAGAUUAUAAGAAAAUUAAAUUUUAUUUUAAAGAAACAGUGCGACGGACUAAAACUCUACCAGAAAUUACUUAUGCUCCAAAUGGAAAAGAUCCUGUAAAUUUAUUCCCCACUCGAGAAGAUUUAUUCAAUUUAACACCACCAGAACGCGUACCAAUUAUAAAAGAAUUUUGGAAUAAAUCACAUUCAACGAAUUUCAAAUACAAGAAACAGAAAAAGCGACAAUGGUAUAGAAAUAAAUUUCUUACCGAGUACGAUGAAGAUGUAGAUUUAAAACAAGAUGAAACACCGGAACAAUCCGUAAUUCGUGAAUCAGACCAUGAAGAGGAGGAUCCAUCAAUUGUUAACAAAAGCUAUGGAUUAUCCGUACUAUCAGAAAAUUAUCAAAAUCAUUGGGGCGACGAAAGUAGAAGUGAAACUGGGAAGAAGUCAUCACAACCUAAAAAUCUAGAUAUCCUACCCGAAGAUAUAUCAGCUGACGAAAACGUUUUAGACUACACACCGCAAAAUAAAAAAACGAAAGAUUCAUCGUCGAACAAAGUUGAUGACGAUAUCGAGAAUAACGAUGAUCAAUCACCUGAUAUAAAAACACCCGAUACCGAUGAAUACCGUUCAAAUUGGGAAGUGGAAGAAGAUCCACUUAUCGAUUAUAAGUCACCACAAAUAUGGGAUAGUGAUGACAAUAGCACUUUAUCACGUAAAGUUUCGAAAAAGUUUCAUAACAACUCGUAUACCAAUAAGAAAAAAUUCGAUUUCUCUGAUAUAGCAUAUAAUGAUAAGAGUAACCUUGCUGUUAGCAAUGGAUUAUCUGAUAGUUUCAUGAAUAGUUUCGGAUAUCGACGAUCAAAUUCACCAAAUAGUCUUAGCCCUGAGAAACAUCGUAAAUACAAAGAACUCCAUUCCGAUGACAGCCGAUCAAGUAAAUCGAAAUAUGAACAUUUUACGGAAUCAAAACAUUUUUCGAAACAUAUGUCGAAAAUUAAUUUAGCUUCACUCGAAGAAGACUUAGAAUUGAAACGAAAAUCGAUAUUUAAAAAUAAACCUUACGAUGAAUACGAUGUAAAACGGUCUUCAUCAGUUCGUUCAAAUCAUGUCGAUAGUCGUAGUAAGCAUUGGGAAAAUGAUGAAGAUGUCCAUCAUUAUCAACAUCGACGUGAAAAAAUUUGGGAAGAUAAAAAAUCCAAUUGGAAAGACAACGACAUAAAUGAAUUCCGUAUGCAAGAAAAAAUUAAAUUAAACGAAAGUUUAGGUGAUGAAAAAAUAGAGGACGAAGAACACUUGUCAUCAUCAAAACCUGAAGAAGAAAAAACAGUUGAGAAAUUUGAAAAAGAAGAAAAAGUCGAAAAAAACGAAAAAGUUGAAAAAAUUGCUAGUCCUUCUGUAGAUCCACCCAUAACAGAACCAACAACCGAUGAAACAUCAAAUAAUAACAGUAAAUUAGUAUCAGAAUAUGAGGAAUUUAUGAAAACUGUCGGAUUCGAAGCUGCAGUUCAAGAUGAAAUAUUUUCAAAUGAAUCGAAUUCGGCACCCAAAUCUAAAGAAUCUAAAAAAAGUAAAGAAUCUAGUGAAGAUUCAAGUGACGAAGAAGACAAAACAGAGAAAAAGAAACGUCGGCGUAAAAAGAAAUCUGUAACUAGUUCAAGUAGCUCCGAUUCUAGUUCAUCUUCAAGUUCAUCAGAUAGCAGUGAUUCAGACAGUGAUUCUAGUGAUUCAUCUACAUCUAGUUCGAGUUCAUCGAGUACAUCAUCGAAAGAGGAAGUAAUGGAUCCGAUGAAAAUUAAAGUCGAAAAAGUUAGCGAUGAUGAUAGUAAGCUACUAGAAAAGGUGAAUCAAAAUAAAAAUUCGGUAAAAGUUGAACACGGGGCUAUUCAAGAAGAGGCUUCGUCAGAACUAGUUCCUAUUCAAGAUUCUUCCACACCGAUACAAGAAACCGAUUCGACUGUGAAUAUAUCCAACACAACAAUCUCGUUAACGCUCACACCAUCAAAACGACAGCAGUUUAAACCGUUAUUAUUAGAAAACGAAUCAAAUUCACAUGUCAGUACGAAUGUAGAACAGGAUAGGGAUAAUGAAGUGGAUUUUACGGACAUUAUUAUGAAACGUUCCCGAGAAGGAGAAGAAAGUCCUGAGCCUAAAAAACCAGAAAUUGAAUAUGAUAAAAUAUCACCAACUCCUUCUAGGGAACGUAGCGAAAGUAGGCGAUCUGACAGUAGACGACGUGAACGAUCUAGAGAACGAAGUUUAAGAAGUCAUUAUCGUGAUGAACUACAUCGUGAUCGUGGAAGGCAUGAACGCAGUAGAGAACGUAUUUCACGUCGUAGUGGAGAAUAUCGACACUCACGAGGUCGACAUUCGGAUAUGAUCGAUCGGCGUAGUAAAUACUACGAUGAUAAAUAUUAUCGGAGUAAAUCACAAAAACUUGUUCGACGUAGUCGUUCCCCACUUGAUAAACCAUAUCGACGGGGAGAUGAUAUCGAAAAAUAUCGUCACGAUCGUGAAUAUUCGUCAAAUUCACCUUUGGAUGGUUUUAAACGUAGUUUAGCUGAUUCAACGAUUAGUGAUUCGGAGCUAAUAUCAUCACAAACAUUACCGGCGACAGCAACAAAUGUAUCGGAGAAUGAGUAUAAGAAAACAGUGAUAUCAAAACAAUCAGCUUGUGCUGUCAAUUCACCUAGUGUUGAUUCACCCAUAUCACCAAAACGUUUGUCAUUAGACGAUCGAAUUAAUCAAUUUUUAGGUAUUGAAUCAGAUCCACCUUCAUCGAAAGCACCAAAUUCGUCAGCGACACGUAGAAGUCGUAAAGUUGAUGACACAUCGAAUAAUGCAAUAUAUGCACAGAAUUCUUACGAUGAUUAUAUGACACAAGAUUACUAUGAUCGCUAUGCCAAUUACGUGCCUACAACGCAACAUCAUCCUCAACAUUACGAAGGAUACAAUCAUCCUCCACAUCAUCAAAAUACAUCUGUUCCACCACCAAAUUUUUACCCUUCUGUACCACCACCUGUGUAUAGUCAUAACGAAAUGCCACCAAUACCAGCUCCUAGACCGAAUUCUGGGACACAAGUUGUACAAGUUGGUAACGUUUUACAAGUUGUUCCAACAGAAUUACCGGCUCAGUACAACCCACCAGUUCCGAAAAAGGAAGUAGUACAACCGUUACCUCCUUCCUCAGAGGUAGCUAAACCAAAAGUUGUUCAAGUGGGUAAUAUGAUUCAAAUUGUUCCUACGGCAGUUCUACCUGAAGAAAAAGUUGUUUCUCCAACGAAACCACCGGCAGUAAAACCGGAAAUAGUUAAAAUUGAAACCAUAAAAGAAGAGAAAAUUCCAGUAAAGCGUUCACCUAUUAAAGUUGUUGAAAAAGUUAUAGUUGUUGAUGAAACAGCUUUGAAAAAGAAAUUAGAAAAAGAAAAACGACAUACAGAGCGGGAAAAACGAAGAGCUGAACGAGAAGCAAAACGGCGAGAGAAGCAAAAACGUCGAGAUCAAAGGAUUAAGUUAAAAACAGAAAAGAUGAUAAAGCAAGCGUUACUGAUGGAAACAUCGGAACCACAAGUAUCAGAUUUGGAUGUAUCAAGCAUACUACAAGACAGUGUAACUGAAGAAAAUGAAAGUUUUGCUGAUAGUUCUUUACAAUCAAUGUGGCCACCGCCGGCUCCAAUGCCAAUUUCACUUCUGGAUCCCCCUGCAAAAGGAAUACUAAUGAAAUCAGGUUUCAGUAAAAUUAAAACUGAUAUCGAGGGACAAAUUAUGUCAGAACUAGGAGUAGAAGAAGUUGUUAAAGUACAAAAAACUGUUAAAUUUGCUGAUGGUAUUAAACCUGGUGAAGGUACAUCACCGUCCGGAGGUGAAGAAUUACCGUCACCGCCACCUCCAAAACGAAAAUUGCCGAAAGAACAGCGGUAUAAAAAGACAAAGUUAAAAACCAAAAAGAAAGUUAAGGUUAAAAUAAUCCGACCAGCACCACCUCCAGUUGAAGAAGAUGAUUCAGAUGACAAUUUACCACCACCACCUCCGCCGCCAGGGUCACCGCCCCCACAUUUAUGGCCACCAAAACAUAUGGAACCUCCUCAACCACAACCACCUCCUCCUAUACCUUAUCCCGGUGGUCCGAUGGCACCACAUCUUCCUCCAUUCCCUCAUCCAGCAUUUCCACCGAAUGGGGCUCACUUACCGCCCCCGCCACCUGGUUUUAUACCACCUCCUAAUAGUGGUCCUCCAUUAAUACUACCUCCUAAUGGACCCCCAUUAUUACCACCUCCACCUAAUAGUGUUCCUCCAUUAAUACCUAAAAAUCAUUUAAAUCCACAACCGCCUCCUCCUAAUAUGUUCCCACCUAAUAUGUUUCCCCCGAUCGGACCAGAUGGUCCGCCACCACCGCCUCCAUAUCUUGAAGGCCGACCACCACCUCCAGGAAUGAAUAUGCCACCAGCAAAUAUGUUAGAAUUUAAUCCAUCGCUACGAAGGAGAAAAAUGAAAAGGAGACUUCGAAGAAAAAUACUAACAUUCUAGUGCUUAAACAAAAAUAUUUUAGAAAACAAUUUUAUGCCGUUAUUUACGAACAUUUUUCAUGUUUCAUUAGGUUUCUUUCAAAAUUGAUUAUCAAUUUAGAUCAUCAAUUAAAUUGAUGAUCAAUUUAUUCUAUUCAACACAAGACCGAAUCUUUAUGUUUCUUUGAGAUAUCUGACCACAUCCAAUUCUGAAAUUAAUUUCUCAGAUCGUACGCUCCCCUUGUUAGUUUUUUAUUGUUGUAAUCGUUUUAUGAAAUUUAAAUUUAAACGAUUAAAGUCUAAAUUUCUAUAAUUAAGUCUGAGAAAUAAGGGACUCAAUCAUAUAAUACCUAAAACUUCCUACUUGCCCAACGGAGACUAGACCCAUAGGGUGAUUUAGAACAAACACCACGUCAAAUUGUUAUAACGGGUGUUCUAAAAUUAACGGAAGAAGUAAAUUUGAUUAAUAACAAGUUUUAAUUAAAAAUUGUAAAUUUUUUUUAUUGAUUCAUAAAGUAUGCAGCAUAGAAUGAAAUAGCAUAUCGGGUAAAAAUUUCCCUCUACCAUUCUGCUUACAUGUGAUGAAUUUUCGAGAAAGCUCUCAAUUUUCUCUCUCAAUUGUUGGAUGGUCUUAGGUUUGUGGACAUAAACCUCAGAAAUCCAACAAUGUUAAAUCCUAUAAUUUGAGCGAUUAACGCCCUAAAAUCGUGUUUAGUGGGGAUGUAUUUUUUAUAGACAGUCCCUUUCAAAAAAAUCGAUUGUACAAGGUCGUAAGGCUACUCAUCAUGCUAGGUAGUAAAAUUGAAUUGAAAAAGAACAAAGAACACACAUGUAUCGUUCAUUAACAACAAAAAAACUUUUAAUUUAUUUUUAUAUGUGAAUU